AUGUAUCAUCUGGCCAAGGGCCUCUACCGACUUGCGACCAGCAAAGAGGAAUACUCGGUGAUCCUCCUGGGCCUCGACAACGCUGGCAAGACGACGUUCCACGAGCAGGCCAAGUCGUUCUUCCUGCCCGAGCACCCGGACCCGAAGCUCAAGACGGUGCCGACCGUGGGGCAGAACGUGUCAACAUUAACACUGCCGGACAUGUACGUCAAGAUCUGGGACGUGGGCGGCCAGCUGAGCCUGCGCAAGCUGUGGCAGAGCUACUACGCCAGCUGCCACGCCAUCGUCUUCAUCAUCGACAGCACCGACAUCGGCGACGGCAAGCUCGAUGCGGACGACAGUGGUGACGGCCGCCUCGAGGAGUGCCGCCUCGUGCUCGAGGACGUCCUGCAGAACUCCGAGACCGAGGGCGUGCCGCUGCUCAUACUGGCCAACAAGCAGGACCGCGAGGACUGCGUCGAGGUCGUCAGGAUAAAGGAGGGGCUCGUCAAGAAGGUCUUCGAGGGCGAGAAGGCCUCCAGCAUCCGCGACUCGAGGGUCUUGCCCGUGAGUGCCCUGACAGGGACGGGCGUGAGGGAAGCCAUCGACUGGAUAAGGUCUAGGGUCAAAUGGAACAAGGAGUCGAGGCCCCCGGUAAUGAGGUAG